AUGGCGCCCGCGCAGAACGGCGCCGACCCGGAUGAGUGGGAGUACGAAUACAGCACCACCGAGACCCAGGACUUUUUCGUGACGCUCGAUCUCACCUCACGCAUCAUGUCCAUGCAGUCCAAGAAGGGCUACGUCCGCUUGGAGCACGACAUUUUUGCUGCCGACGACGCGGACAAGGACGGGGAGCACGAGCAAGACGACGCCGCCGAUCCGGCCGAAGGAAACGCUACCCCACACAAGCCGCCGUCACCCGAGCCCGGAGAGUACGACCGCAUUCAGAUAGUGGGGCUUGAAGACGACAAUCCCAUUGUAUCCUACCAGGGCCAUAUAUACAGCUGCCAAUGGGCAUCGACAAUCGGCACCGACCUUCUCUUCACCAGAGCCGUCGCGCCAGAAGACGGCGAAGACCAGGCCGCAGAGCCGUUGCGCAAGCUUGGCACCUUCGACCUGCUGGGAGCAAGUUCAGCACGCCUCGUUGCUACCACGGCAAGACUGAGGCCAAGGAUCGGUCCAAGGGGGCCAACGCAACCCCAGCCUGCUCCCGCCGCCCACCCUUUCGCACCUAUCGAGAAUACAGACAGCACAGAGGUCGUCAAGUUCCCCCUCCCGGAAUAUGCGACACGCGCGCAAAGGCGUCAGGCAACUUUCCUCGAGCAGCUGAGUGCUAUCAAAACCCGGCUCGGGGAGAAAGACAAGGUAAAGCCGUCGGCAUAUACAAGCCGCGGAGCCAACAUCAAGCCCGGCGAGGACGAUGGCACCCAGGGUCAGCGCAUUUUCGUCACUUCCCCAAGCCCUCCUCGUGUUGGCGAUUUCACCUUCAUCACUGAAGAUGGAAGCGACCCACCAAGCCCGAAAAGUCCACGGCAGAGCCCCAAGCGGAAACCGUCCCCAGCCCAGGAUCGGUCUCCGAACAAGCGAGCGCGUCGUGGAGGGGCUAGAUUGGGCUCGCCUUCCCGUGCAAGAGCAGCACAUGCGCUACAGGAAACCAGCCCCUUGAGGAAUGAGCUAUCUGGCGCUGCUGGUCUCAGUGCGGAAAGAGCCACACCUGCUACCUGGGACGAGCUCGACCUAGGCCCUUACCUGAACCUCACUUCCAACCGCCAUCUCUCACGCAUCCGCCACCCCAAUAUCACCAUGCCCGAGCCGUCGGCCUUCAGAGCCUUCCUCAUCGUCAUCGCCGCUCUGAUGUGCCUCCGCAACAUCGACGACCACCCUCACUCCGACGACGAGUCUAUUUCCAGCUACGACUCCUGCUCCGACGACGACACCACCCGCUCGCUGGCCGACUACCCCCGUCAUGGAUCCUCACGCGUCCACCACCACCACCGCCAGCACCACCACGAAGACCACAUUCCGUACGCUCCCCGACUCAUCUCUCGGCACAUUGCGUGA